GUGACGUAGGCAACAGAAGAAAUUUUAAUCACUUUAGAGUGGACGUUCAACUUAUGAAAGAUCGAUUGUUUGACAGAAAUCUGUCAAAUUUUGUGAGGGUUCGAGUUGCUGAGCUGAUGCAAAAAUCGCUAUGGAUCAAAGUGACGACGUAUGUUUUGAGGAUGACUACGAUGAGUCCAGCAAUGAUUCGAUGGGCUACUACUGGAACGCGCAUUCGAAAGUAGGCUCAUCUUCGAGGUUGCUUAAUGAUUUCGAUGACUUCUCCCUGAUUGCACGAGGUGGUUGUGGAGUAGUUUUCAAAGCCACAAACAAAACUGAUGGAAAAGAAUAUGCUAUCAAGUUUGUCUGCAGAGGACAAAUUGAUGAUGCACUCAAAGAAGUGAAGAUCCAUGCUGAACUCAAUCACUGUUGUGUUGUCAACUACAAGACAUGUUGGAUUGAGUCAAGCUUGAUGCUGAAAGAGCUGCUUGAAAGCUCAAGCCAACAGGGUUCUGAAGAUUGCAGUUCUGAAGAAUGUGCAUCUGAGCCAGUACUGUUCGAAAACUGGCCUGACCAAAGUGAAAGCAAUGAUGUUUCUUUUGAAGACAGCAAAACAAUAAUUCCUGAGGAUGAUGCGAAGUGGAACGAUCCAGAUGAUAUCAUGCUGAUCAUUCAGAUGGAGUUAGGCGGACAGACUCUUCAAGAGUGGUUGGACAAUCCUCGUCCAAGCGAUAUCAGCCGAGAGCUGUGGUUCACUUACAGGAGGUUGAGGGUGCUAAUGAUAUUCUGGGAGGUGAUGAAUGGGAUCGAACACAUCCACCUUAAAGGCAUCGUUCAUCAUGACAUCAAACCAGCAAAUAUACUUGUUAUGCAAGGGUUGGGGAUCAAAAUUGGGGACUUUGGCCUCUCAUGCCGGGGUGAGAGAGGCGCAAAUAUCCAUCCUGGUCUAGGAACUGAACUGUAUGCAGACCCGCAGCAGUACAAACAUGGCUUGUGUUCAUCAAAGUGCGACAUAUACAGCGCUGGACUGAUUUUGCUUGAGAUGCUGCUGUCUCCUUUUGAUACCAUCUCCGAACGCCAUGAUGUUCUCCAGAGUGCCAAGCAUCUUGGGAAAAUCCCUAGCAUGAUCUCAUCUGAGCUGUGUGAUCUCAUCGGAGCUAUGAUUGACGCAGAUCUGGAAAGACGUCCAUCAGCCUCCGAAACGAAAGAUCUUCUUGUUACCUUAAUGAUUCCGAUCGCGGAAGAAAUUUACUCGGAGCUUAUGAAAGCCAUGACCUCCGCAAUUGUAUCAAAGUUGAAUACCAGCGACCCCACCACUCGGGCUGGGCCGGUUUCUGGUUCUGCAGCCUUCAUGCUCAACAUCCUAGAUGACCUCACUGCCAUAGGUUUCAUCAAGCAAAAGCAAAAUGAAAAUGCGCAAAAUACCGCUGGUUUAACUUGCAAGGAAAUGCAAAGGCAGAAAGAACUAGAAGUGAAGGUGAUGCUGCUCAGCAAGAUCUGUAAUCCACAGAUACUUUGAAGACACUUCAGCUAGACUUCUCUCUGUAUCACUGACUUUUAAAUGUCUAUUUUUCUGACUGUUUCUUCUAUGAUGACUUGUUGUGAGUCCCUGUCUCUCUUUAUUUUUUAUAUUAGGAAUAAAAAGACUACAAAAUA